AUGUCAACCGAAAUUAACGACGAAGAGAAGGGUGCCUGGUUUCACGCUGACAAGAUCACCCUGACGCCAGCAGUUCCUGUGGACCCUAUUGUGACCACAUUUUCUCGGUUUGGCCCACUCUUUGAAGCUUAUGAAUACACUGGCUGGAUUGACGAGAGUCUUUCUUGGAAGACGGACUGCUAUAUCGGAGACUGGUCGCCACUUCUCAAAAUUCGCGUUAAAGGCCCCGAGGCUUUGGCAUAUUUUGAAUAUAUCUCGACCAAUUGCUGGCCUAACUUUAAAGUCGGCCAAGCUAAGCAUGCGAUCUUCUGCCAAGAUAAUGGAACUAUUAUUGGCGAGGGUCUGGUUUUGAAGCUUGCUGAGGAUGACUAUAUCUUCACCAGUGGCCCAGGAACUGUCUGGGCAGUAUACCAAUUCCAGUCUGGAAGACGAAAGUUCAAUGCUACCAUGGACUUGGUCACAGACGAAUGGUUUCUACUCCAGGUCCAGGGACCUUCUAGUGUUCCGCUCCUUGACGAAUUGACCGACAACGGCGUCCGAGACGUCAAGUUCAUGCACUAUAAGGAACUCUCUAUCGACGGGACCAAGUUUCUGUGCCUCAGACAGGGAGUAUCGGGCGAAAAGGGGUUCGAGUUGUGGGGAGCAACCAAAGAUGCGAGAAAGAUUUACACCUCCAUUCUAGAGGCGGGCAAGAAAUAUAGCAUUCGUCAACUGGGAGCCCGCACCAAGAUGGUAAACCACGUGGAGGCAGCUUUCGCAACCCCAACGACCGAUUUCUUGCCCGCAGUUAACGCGCCUAGUGAUAGCAAGGAGCUCAAUGAUUUCAAGGCAUGGGCACGAGGAAUUGGCCUAGACUUUGACUUGUACUGGUCGUCGGCCGCGGGUAGUUAUGGAGCUGACCCCACGUUGUAUUACUGUACGCCCUUUGACUUGGGCUGGGGGUGGCUUGUCAAUCUAGACCAUGAUUUCAUUGGGCGCGAGGCUCUUAGCAAGCUCAAGAAAGAUCCGCCAAGGAAGCUUGUCACACUGGUCUGGGACCAGGAAGAUGUCACAGAUGUGUUCAAGUCUCUGUUUCGACCUGAGCCCUAUGAGUACAUGGAAAUGCCUCGCGAAUUGCUGGGAACUAUGAAGGCAAGCACUGUUCUUGCAGGAAAUAAGGAAAUUGGGUUUGCAGCAUCUCGGUGCUACAGCUACUGGUUCAAGGAAAUGCUGUCUCUGGGUGUUAUUUCCACCAAGUAUGCCUCCCCAGGCACAGUUGUUACUGUCAAGUGGGGCUCUAAAGGGUAUCCGCAGAAGCUGAUCAGGGCGACUGUGCAGCCAGCGCCAUAUAAGGAGGACAAGCGACGUCACUCUAUCCGAUAA